AUGAAGACUUCUCUUCUUGUCGUGCUCAUCGUAACCCUGUGCAUGGAGAGUGCUUUCUCCUUGACAUGUUUCACAUGCAAAGAUGCAUCUUCCAAUCUACAUUGUCUCAGUCCAACCACGUGUUCUGACCAUGAGAAGUACUGUCUCACAACCUAUUCUACCACGGGACUCGGCAGUGACCGUAAACAGCAUAUUACCAAGAAAUGUUCUGCAUUUUGCCCAACAAUUGACCUGAAUAUUGGCAUAGCUGGUGUUGCUACCAGCUGCUGCGAGACUUCCUUGUGCAACAUCAGCGGUGCCAGCAGUGUGAAAACCAGCUACACUAUGAUAGCUCUGGGCAUCUUGGCCAGUCUCGCCUGCAUCCUCCGGCUGGGUUUUUAA